AUGCAGUUGGCAAACAUAACGAAACCAACUCCAUUAGUUGUUGUUGAACCAUUGGAAGAAAUACCACCAUUUUCAUUACAACAACAACAACAACAACAACAACAACAACCGCCAUCAAUGGAUCUUGAAAUGGAUAUUCCAUUCCAUUGUCGGAAAAAUGAAUUUGUAAUUCAUAAUCAAAUGGAUUUACAAAAUAUUUCCAAUUGUGAAGUUAUAAUUGGUAAUAUUAUAAUUAGUGAAUUUGAUUAUCCUAUUAUAACAUUUACUAAUUUAGAAAAAUUAUUAGGUAAUUUAACUAUUUUAAAAAGUCCUGAUACAGUAAGAAUUGAUGCUCCAAUAAUGGAAUUAAUUAGUGGAUCAUUUAAAAUGAUUGAAUUGACUUCAUUAGCAUUAAUUUCAUUCCCAGCUUUAAAAUGGGUAAAUACAUUACAUUGGAAAAUUUUACCAAUAUUAAGUAAUGUUCAUUUUAAUAAUGAAAUUAAAGGAAUUGAUAAUAUAAUUAUAUCUGAUACUUCAUUAACGGGAUUUUCUGGAUUUCUUUCAGAUUCUAUUGAAAAUUUAGAUAUUAAUAAUAAUCGAUUUUUAGAUACUAUUGAAAGUAAUGUUGAAACUAUUCAAAAAGAAUUACAUAUUGGAGCUAAUGCUAAUGAUGUUAAAGUAUCAUUUCCAAAAUUAAAACAAAUUGGUUUAUUAAAUAUUAAUGAUGUUGAAAAAUUAAAUUUACCUGAAUUGGAAUUUAUUGAUGAUUCAUUAAUUUUGAAUAAUAAUAAUUUUCAACAAUUGAAAUUUUCUAAAUUGAAUUAUAUUGGUGGUACUUUAAGUUUAUCAGAUAAUAAUCUUGUUAAUGAUUUUGAAUUUCCAAAUUUAAAUGAAUUAGGUGGAGGAUUAGUAAUGAUAAAUAAUAGUUUAAUUGAAAGAAUUAAUUUUUUCCCCAAAUUAAAAAUUAUUGGUGGAGCUUUAGAAUUAAUUGGUAAUAUUAAAGAAAUUUCUUUGAAAAAUUUAAAAUUAGUUAAAGGAAGUGCUAUAGUUAAAUCUACUUCUUCUUUGUUUGAUUGUAAAAAAUGGUCUAAAACAGAAAUUAUGUUGGUGGUUAGAGGUGGAAGAAUUGAAUGUACUGAUGCUAAUAAUGAAAAAAUCACUUCAAGAACUAAAGAAGAUGGUACUGGUGGUGAAUUGAUAUUAACCACUACUACAACUACAACUAGAUCCAAAUCCACCAAUAAUAGAUCCCCUACAGCUGGUGAUGACAACGUUAAAAUGAAUAAACAAACUACUAGUGCUAAUGGUAGUGCUAAUGGUAGUGGUAGUAAUGGUUUAUUACAACAAUUUACAUUAUUCCAAUUUAUUGCUAUAUUGAUAACUUUAGUAAAUAGUUUUAUCUUCCCCUUAUAA